AUGGCUCCAAAAAAGAAGGUUCAACAAGAGAAGCCCAUACUAUUGGGUAGACCAGGUAAUAACUUGAAGUCCGGUAUUGUUGGUUUGGCAAAUGUUGGAAAAUCAACAUUUUUUCAAGCUAUCACAAGAUCACCUUUAGGAAAUCCUGCAAACUAUCCUUUUGCUACAAUUGAGCCAGAAGAAGCUAAAGUUAUUGUCCCAUCUCCAAGGUUUGAGAAAUUAUGUGAAUUGUACAAACCAAAAAGCGAAGUUCGUGCGUAUAUGACUGUUUAUGAUAUUGCUGGAUUGACUAAGGGAGCUCACGCCGGUGAGGGUUUGGGAAAUAAUUUUUUAGCAAACAUUAGAGCUGUUGACUCUAUCUUUCAAGUUGUGCGUUGUUUCGAUGAUGCUGAUAUUAUCCAUAUUAAUGAUGAGGUGAAUCCAUUUGCUGACUUGGAAAUCAUUCAUGAUGAGUUGAGAUUGAAAGACAUUGAGUUCGCCCAGAAACAUUUGGAAGGGAUUGAUAAAAUCACCAAAAGGGGUGGCCAAUCCUUAGAAGUUAAACAAAAGAAGGAAGAGGCGGAGCUUGUUAAAAGAAUCAUCGCAUUAUUGGAAGAUGGUCAAAGAGUUGCAAAUCAAAAAUGGACCUCUAAAGAAGUUGAAGUCAUCAAUGGAAUGUUUUUAUUGACUGCCAAGCCUUGUAUUUAUUUAAUCAACUUGUCAGAGAGGGAUUACGUUAGGAAGAAGAAUAAGCAUUUAUUGAAGAUCAAAGAAUGGGUUGAUAAGAAUUCUCCAGGCGAUUUUAUUAUACCAAUUUCUGUCUCACUAGAAGAAAAAUUGGCCAAUAUGGAGACCGAUGAAGAAAGGGAAGCAUACACCAAAGAGCUUGGUGCUCAGUCUGCUUUGCCUAAGAUUAUAACUACUAUGAGACAAAAGCUCGACUUGAUUUCCUUUUUCACUGGGGGCCCAGACGAGGUUAGAGAAUGGACAAUUAGACGUUUCUAUACUGCUCCUCAAGCUGCUGGUACCAUUCAUACUGAUUUGGAGAGGACAUUUAUUUUGGCACAGGUAACGAAAUAUGACGACUUGAUUGAGUACGGUGAUGAAGCUAGUGUCAAAGCAGCAGGAAAGUUACUCCAGAAAGGUAAAGAUUAUAUAGUAGAAGAUGGAGACAUAUUAUAUAUCAAGGCUGGUGAAGGUAAAGCUCGUUAG